AUGUCCGAACAGUUCAAUCAGCGGCGAGAUAAGCGUAAAAUUAGCUCCUGGUUCCUCUAUGGCACACUCGCCAUUGGUCUCGCUUCAGCGUUUACAGCACUCUUCAACAAUACUGUACGGUCUUCAAACCCGCCCGAAUUGGACAUUUACAGCCCAGGAGCAGAGCAUGGGAUAUGCCAGCAAGUACCGAAACUGUCUCCAAGGAACAAACAAGUCGAACAGUAUGUUCGUGAGAAAGUCGAGUCCGUGGAAUACCAUGGAGAAAUCAUCAACAAGCUAUCUGGGAUCAUUCGUAUCCCAUCUGAGAGCUAUGACGACUUGGGGCCCAUUGGCGAAGACGACAGAUGGAAUAUAUUUUUCCAAGUGGAGGAUUACAUCAAAACCUGCUAUCCCACUGUAUUUGACAACGUGAAGCUGGAUCACGCCAACACCCACGGGCUGAUCUUGACCUGGGAAGGCAGCGUCCCACCUUCGGAGGCUAAGCCGAUUCUCAUGCUCGCACAUCAAGAUGUCGUGCCAGUGCUUGAAGAGAAUGUCAAGGAUUGGACUCACCCGCCUUAUGACGGCCACUAUGAUGGUGAGAUUAUCUGGGGUCGUGGUGCAACAGACGAUAAAGGUUACUUGAUAUCCAUCAUUGAGAGCUUGGAUCUUUUGAUUCAGAGCGGGUUCAAACCGAAACGAACGGUUAUUCUGGCCUUUGGCUGUGACGAAGAGAUCAGCGGCGAAAAUUGCGGAAGGCCCAUCUCGGAUUUCCUCCAUGAAGAAUAUGGAGACGACGGAAUCUACUUGAUCAUGGAUGAGGGUUCCACUGGUAUCCAAAGAGAAUUCGGCCAGUCCUUUGCUAUGGUUAGUGUCGCGGAAAAAGGCUACUUAGACGUUGGGAUCAAUGUUUCCUCGACAGGCGGACAUGCGAGUAACCCGCCGGAUCAUAAUGUUAUUGGUAUCCUGUCGGAAAUCGUGGUCGCGAUUGAGAGCAACCCAUUCCCUGGAAAGGUCACUCCGAAGAAUCCAAUGUUUCGCUUCCUAGAGUGUGGUGCUGUUCAUGCUCCCCAGUCGAGCUUCCCGCAGGCAGUUCGCCAGAAAUUAAGUCUGGUCGCCGAAGAGGACAGUGCCAGCCAGGAGCAACUGGCACAGACGCUGAAUGAUAUGAGAUACUUCUUCAAAACGAGCCAGUCCGUUGGAAAGAUCAACGGUGGCGUCAAGAUCAAUGCUAUUCCCGAAACAGCAUCGACAAUGGUCAACUUGCGCUUGGCUGUCGAAACCUCCAUCGCUGAGGUUGAAGCACACUACGAGUCUCUUGCCAUUCCAAUUGCUAGAAAGCACGGAAUGGCAUUUGCAGGGUUUCAUUCGCCCUGUAGCACUGCAGAGAAACGGAAAAUAUGCAUGUUUGGAGUUGACGCCUUAGAGCCAGCUCCAGUUUCUCCCGUCGAUGCUGAACCCUAUCGCAUCUUAUCUGGCACCGUCAAGAAUGUUCUCAAGUCACUGGGCCCAGAUGACGAUCUCAUUGUCACACCCUAUUUGAUGCCAGCCAACACCGACACUAAAUUCUUCUGGGCUUUGACCAAGAACAUCUACAGAUUCACACCUGUGAAUCUGGUAGAGAAUCUCAACCGGGCGCAUACGACUGAUGAGUUUAUUCGAGCCGAUGAAUUUGUUCGUGAGCCUCUCUUUUUCGCAACAUUGAUUCUGAAUACCGAUGAUAUUGUGGGCUAG